AAUCCUGCCCAUUACAUCCAAAUGUGGACAGGACCGUCUCUGAGGCUGGCUGACACAUACAACUACUGUGAGGGGCGUGUUGAAGUAUUUUACGAAGGAGAAUGGGGAACUGUUUGCGGCAACAAUUGGGAUAUCAAGGAUGCUCAAGUUGUCUGUAGGCAGCUUGGCUGUGGGGAUGCCGUUGAAGCACUGCCUGGUCCUAAAUUUGGUCAAGGCUCAGGCAGAAUCCUCCUGGAUGAUGUACAAUGCAAGGGAGAUGAAUCCUACCUGUGGGAGUGUGAAAACCAGGGAUGGGGAGUACAUAACUGCACUCAUCAGCAGGAUGCCACUGUCCUCUGUGCAGAUGAAAUUCGCAAACCAACUGGAACAGUAGGGGAUGUGACAUUUGUGCUGCUGGUGGAUGGUCCAAAUGAGUGUGCUGGUCGUGUUGACAUCACUUAUUUUGGAAACUGGAGAACUUCUGUUUGCAGUGAAGGUUGGGACAUGAUUGAUGCUCAGGUUGUGUGCCAGCAGCUCGGCUGUGGUGAUGCUGUUGCUGCCUUGACCGACGGCUGA